AUGCCGAAAUAUUCCAUUUUGCUGUUCGCUAUUUUCGCAUUGCUCGUCAACUUGAGUGAGCCAAGAGCCACGAGCUCUUCUGAAUCCAAAGAGAAUAAGUCAUCAGAAUCGGAUCCGAAAUCAAAAUCCGAUGAAGUUUUCGACAAUAACGAUAUUGGUGCCAAUAUGACAGAGGUCGAAACUCCACAAGAAAGACACGAAAGAGAUGCGGAGGAAAUUGAAAAAGCUGAUGAAGCUCCAGUGGAUGAAGCUCAAGAUGCAGAAGAAGGCUCAGAAAAAGUAGAAUUGGCUCCUUUAAAAAGUGAUUCGAAAAGUGAUGGAGCGGCCGAGCAAAAAGACCAAGUGAUUUCGUCGGAAAACGCAACAUCAAUCGAAUCCGCUGAAAACUCCAAUCAAACCGAGAUUUUUUCUCUACAAAAUCUCGAAAUCGUAAUUAUAACGUGGCCAUUGAUACCAAUCCGAUUAGUCAAGGUUCUAAUGACGACUCUAGCCCCAUUUUAUUCGGCGAGAAGUCGAUUUUUGUGCGUUCUUCUUCGACUCGAAACAUCAUUCUAUUAUUCAACAUGCAUGGUUCAUCUUCAAUAUUUGAUUACAUUUUAUAUAAAAUUCUACCGUGAGGGCAAUGCCGCGUUCCGCUACACAACCGGAGUCCUUUCAUUUCGUUUCAUGAUCACAAUACUCUCCACAAUUAUCCCGUUGUUUUUAUUGAGGCCAAUUAGCGAAUCAUUCAACAUAUUUUCGACCAAAAAGAUUACAUCCGAAACUAUUGAUCGUCUUAAAACUGCAUCAGAGGAUCACAUACGCGUGACGAUCACAUAA